UGGGCCGCUCUGGGGCUCCGGCCGGCGGCCGCGGGGCGGUCAGGGCUCCCCCGCGGGYUGCUUCGACUCGCCGCGAACCGGCCGAUCCCGGCGACGGGGCCUGUCCGGCYCCGGGUGGAGGCGGACUCUGCCCGGGCCCAGUCCCGGUUCCGCUGCGCGGCUGCCAGGACCGGCCGGGCCGGAGGCCUCCCUCCGCUCGGGCUGUCCCUUUGGGGUGGCUCCCGGUGGGACACUGCCCGGCGACCCCUCUGCUUUUCCUACCCCGGUAUUUCUGCGUUCGUAGAAGUUUGGUCAUCUAACAGAACAGAAAAUUACUCAAAAACCUUCGAACAGCAACUUCUUGAUAUGGGAGCAAAAGUUUCAAAAACUUUAAACAAGCACGUGACCCAUGUAGUCUUCAAAGAUGGACGUUUGACUACAUGGACAAAAGCACAGAAGAUGGGUGUAAAAUUAGUGUCUGUACUCUGGGUGGAAAUGUGUCGAGAAACUGGAGUWCGUGUUGAUGAAUCUCUAUUUCCAGCAGUAGACACUAAUGAAGGAUUUUUACUACCAAUCAAAAAACACAAAUGUAUGCAACCAAAAGACUAUGUUGAAAAAACUCCAGAAAAUGAUAGAAAGCUUCAGAAAAGACUGAGCCAAAUGGCUAAAGAAUUAGCUCUACAAAAGACAGCAGUUACUGCUGAAACAGAUGUACCAGUUUUAUUAUUUGAAGACAAUGGUUCACUUAUAUACAGCCCUGUUAAUAAGAUGAAAGAUAAAUGCAAUACAGUGGAAAGAAGAAGAAAGAAUAUGAAGGGAAAAAGAAAGAAUCUUUCUCCUGCUGGUUCACAAAUUACUCAAACACUUGCAGGUAGCUCACCAGGAGACUGCCCACUUUCUACUUGUGUCUUAACUAAUUCAGAAGAUGUGCUGCUACCAGGAGAACAAAUGGAAGACUGCUUGAACACAAGUUAUCUUUGGGGAACUGAGAAAUUAAAGACACAGAGCACAGGGUUAGCAGAACAUGCCUGUGAUACCUGGACUGAUAUUCGUGUAUCCAUGAGAGCAUCAGUGAAUUCUCUAUCACAUGGGAGUGAGCAGAACUUAACACCAAAACGACAUGCCAGAAGUUUAACAAUGAAACAGAUUAUACAGCACACUCUGGAUGACAAAUUGUUUCCAAAGAAUAAUCAGAAGAAUGAGAAGAGCAAGACUACUUCAAUUGCAAAUGAAAGUUCUCUUCUUGAGAGCUUUGGACAGAUUACUCCUUCCAAAAAAAUAGUCCAGUUAAAUACUGAUCCCGCUUUGAGUGACAGUCUCUCUAAUUCACCUAUGAAUAAUGAAGAUUUAAAUACAUGUUCACUGGAUAAAAGCUUUGCUGUKGACAGAAAUUACUGUCUUCUUGAGGACAAGAAGAAGAAGAAGAAACAACAAACAUUACGUAGUUUGAAGUUGGCUACCUCAGAACUGGAUGCCUCAGGCUCUAAGGGGUUCUUGCAAGCAAUUACUACAUAYAGCAAGUCUUACUGCACUGAAGAGRCUUCUUAUGAAGACUGCUUUUCAUCAUCUAAUUUAAACAAAUAUAGAGUACAGAUACGAGUACCAAGGGAAUCAGAGAAUCCUCCUGAAGUUUGUUGCAAAGACUCUUUAAGCAUGGACCUACAUGAUGUGAGUUUCUGUAAGCCACAUAAUACUACUAAGAAAAGCAGGAAAAAGUCUAUUUCAGUGAAUGAUUUUCCUGUAAAGAGAAAGACCAAGACAGCUAAACAUCCUGGAUUAAGUAUAUCAGGUGGUGAAAAAGAUGACACUGGAGAAGCUCUAGACUGUGAUGAUGUGAAUAGGCUGCCACAGCACGGUCAUGAAAAAUCCUACAACAAGAUGAAUUACASUGCUCUUACUACUGGUGAUGAAAAGGAAGUCUCAGAAUGUCAUGCUACUGAUGGCUCUUGCAAAGUUUUUAACGAAUGAAAGAAUAAGCACACUGGGGGCUUCAGAAAAGCUAGAAAACUCCAAAAGCCAACAAUGACACUAGUUAUGACAAGUAUGUCUUCUGAGAAGCAAAAUACAGUAAUUCAGGUUGURAAUAAACUUGGAGAUAUUUUGUCAAAUUAUGUAUGUGAAACAAGUCAUGUAGUUGCUGGGAGUACUCGCUGUACCUUGGAUAUUAUGCUGGGAAUUGCUCGUGGUUAUUGGAUUGUUUCUUAUGAAUGGGUUCUGUGGUCUUUGGAAUCAGGCCAUUGGAUCUCAGAGGAACCAUAUGAGCUUUCAUCCAGCUUCCCUGCRGCUCCUGUAAGUUUAAUGGUCCUUUAAGCUUGUGAACCUUCUUUUGUUUAUCUGGGAAAUGAGAUGCCUUCUAAAUAGGUUUUUUGAAUAAGAAAGCCUACUAGAAAAAUAUUUUUUUAAAGUAGAGACUGUAAGGAGUUAUUUUCUUCUUCAUCUACUACUUUUUGAAGUGUGUCAAAAACUUUGGUACACGUAGAAAAUGCAAAAUAUUGAUUCACCAAUUAACACCUGAAUAAACCAGCAUCUUAUUGAUGUAUAAAUGUACUUUAAUUUUAUUUCUAUCUGUACCUGUAUACAAACUGGAGAGGCAUGUUUUUGCCAGAUGGAAAGAUUUGCAGGUCAUGUACUCAGUUUUUUUGGCCCAGAACUUACGUGGGCAAUGGAAAAUUACUGUGGCCUACUAGAACUGCUACGUAGGAAAAAAUGAAGCAUUUUUCCUGCCUCUAAUGAGCAUUCUCAAGUAYUGAAUUGGGAACCAGUGCAAAAGUGGGUAUGUGGGGGCAUGGCAUACCUGCGCAAACCUCAGUGCACUUCAUGUGUUAAAUAGGAGUUUUAUUUUGGUUUUAGUACAAGUAGAAUUCUAGCUGGUUACUAGUCAAUCAUUCCAAUAGUUUUUCCUACACUAAAUUAUUGUCCGUGAUUUGUUUCUCAAAGUUUUGAAGAAAGACCAGUUAAUGGUGCAUGAAAUUUAUUUUUACUGUAAUUUUAUUAAUUG